UGAGGGAGUGAGUGUUCCGGGUCAGAAACUGGACGGGAGAGGAAAUUAACUCCGGGACGAGCCGAAGCAACACAAACCCCCCCCCCCCAAAGAAAACCGAGAAUGCCACCCUGUUCCACACGGAGAUGUAGCCUGGGUCUUUUCCGCUGAAGAGAAGAGGUUUUAAAGCGACAACAAAACAGGUGCCUACAAACUAACCAAAGUGAGAAAACGACGGAGAAUAACUCCCCAUGUUCGUCGACACCGAAACGAGUGUUAGCUCCGUAACGUCAGCCGUCGCCGUGUUUACGUGCAUGUGAGUUUUUUCGCCUCGCUUUUUCCGCUUGACGGUAAAUAUAGUUCAAGACUGUCCCGCCGAGGCAAUCUGUUGCAUCCCUCCUCCUCCUCCUCCUCCUCUUCUGAAGUUUUUGUUUAUCGCACCGGGUUCCCAGAUUUUAUUCCCCCCCUCUCCCCCCCCUCACCUCCCCCGCGAUGUUUCACUGCAUACCCCUGUGGCGGUGCAACCGUCAUGUGGAGGUGAUCGAUAAACGCCACUGCUCCCUGCUCUAUGUGCCCGAUGAGAUCUAUCGCUACGGACGGAGUUUGGAGGAGCUGCUGCUGGAUGCAAACCAACUUCGAGACUUGCCCAAGCAAUUUUUCCAGCUGGUGAAACUAAGAAAACUUGGCCUCAGCGACAACGAGAUCCAGAGACUUCCACCAGAGAUAGCUAACUUCAUGCAGCUGGUAGAACUGGAUGUCUCUCGAAAUGAUAUUAUGGAGAUACCAGAAAGCAUUUCAUACUGCAAAGCCCUCCAAGUGGCCGACUUCAGUGGAAAUCCACUAACAAGAUUACCCGAAAGCUUUCCAGAGCUACGCAAUCUCACAGUCCUUUCCAUCAAUGAUAUUUCAUUACAAGUUCUUCCAGAUAACAUCGGAAACUUGUCCAAUUUGGUAUCACUAGAACUCAGAGAAAACCUGCUCACAUUCCUACCAGAGUCACUCUCUAUGCUUCACAGACUUGAAGAACUCGACUUAGGGAAUAAUGAACUGUACAGUUUGCCCGAGUCAAUAGGCGGUCUUGUCAGCUUGAAGGACUUGUGGCUGGAUGGAAACCAGUUGGCUGAAAUACCUGCAGAAAUGGGCACUAUGAGAAGCAUGUUGUGUCUGGAUGUAUCCGAAAACAAAAUCGAGCGACUUCCAGAAGAGCUGGGGGGUCUGGUGAUGCUCGCAGAUCUGCUCGUGUCUCAGAAUCUCAUUGAUGCUCUACCAGAAAGCAUCGGAAAACUUCGUAAACUUUCGAUAUUGAAAGCUGAUCAGAACAGACUCACUUAUCUUCCAGAGAGCAUCGGCCACUGUGAAAGCCUUACCGAGCUCGUGCUCACAGAGAACCAGCUACAGAGUUUGCCGAGGAGUAUUGGGAAAUUAAAGCGACUUUCAAACUUCAACUGUGACAGGAAUCAGCUAUCAUCAUUACCCAAAGAGAUCGGCGGGUGCAGCGGUCUGAACGUCUUCUGCGUGCGAGAGAACCGACUGACGAGGAUACCGUCGGAGCUGUCACAAGCCACGGAGCUGCAUGUGCUCGAUGUGUCUGGAAACAGGCUCAUCCACUUACCGAUGUCUCUGACCACACUCCGACUGAAGGCCUUGUGGUUGUCAGAGAACCAGUCGCAGCCGCUCCUCACCUUUCAGACGGACGAGGAUCCGGACUCGGGGGAGAAGGUGCUCACCUGCGUGCUGCUGCCUCAACAGCCAUAUGAGCCGGACAACAAAGGUUCCGAUAAUCUGGCCCGCUGCGGAGCUCUGGACAGUCUUGUGAAUGACAUGGUAGACGACACGUGGGACAACAAAGCCAUGAACCGGAUCAGUGCCAUUCACUUCCUGGAUGAUGAUGAGGAGGAGGAUGAUGACAAGGGAACUCUUCUCCGGCGGGCCACGCCUCACCCGGGCGAGCUGAAAACCAUGAAGAAAGCGGCCGAGAACCUCCGCAACGACCUGAACGCUGCCAAAAGCCUGGACUCCAACAAAAACGAGGUCAAUAACGCUGCAGACAGAGUGACCACGUCUGUGUGACCUUUUUUUUUUUACUUUUUUUUUUUUUUUUUACCUCAGAAAAAGAUUUUUACCUCCUGUGUCCUGCCGUGUCGUCCUGCACAAACCCCCCCCCUACCCCUCCCCCACCCCGCGGCUCCCCUUUAUUUCUCUUACCUAGCAACCCCGGUGUGGCCUUCCCCUCCCCCGCCCGCCCUCUGAUUAAACCCUGGGACGCCUGUAACCGCGCUCCACUUCUGAGCAGGUGUUUGACUCAGUGGGCCGCCGUGCCUUCCUCUUUUUGAAUUAAUGCCCACAGCAAAGAUCUGCACAGAGACGCUCCUUUUUAAAGAUAUUUUAAAGAUUUAUAACUUUUUUUUUAAAUGCCUCUUUUUAAACCAACGUUAGAUAGUUGCACUAUUCUAAGUCUUUAUAAUGUGGUCAAACCCUCGUAAAUGUAUUCUAUAUAUUUGUUCUUUAUCUAUUUUUCAAAACACUGGGUGAAUACUUCUUUUGACGUUUUGGGCAAAACCAUCGCAGGACUUUUUUUUUGGACCUACUGAUUUAAGGAUUCUUGUAUAGUCUCUUGUGAAUAUUGAUACUUUUAUACGUUUUGGCAGCUCAGAUGUAAAUAAAACAUGUAUAGCAAAUUUCUUAAUCAGUUGCAGAUUUUUAAAGUUUUCUUUUUUUUUUCAAGCUUGGUACUUUUUCUCGUUUUUAUUUGAAAUGAAAGUAACGAACAAAGCGGUCACUAAUGUCUUAUCGAUCCAUAUAAUCCAUAUAAAGGUCAUUAGGUGAGCGGACGGCCUUGAACCCUGUGACACAUCGAGGGCUAUUUGUGAAUACUAAAUAGAUUUCCGUUUAGAUCUUAAGUACAGCACAUCAAACUUUAUUUAUAUGUGCUGUGCUUCACUGCUUCGCUCUCUUCUCUAAAAAUAUAGAUGCCAAAAACAAAGAUGUAUAUUUUAAAAAGAUAAAUCAGUUCUUCUUUCCCUUUUACAAAAAAGUACUGUAUAAUAUAAUCAUCGGUGGUUUGGUGAGACGGAACUUUGUACCACAACGACGGCAUCCUUUUUUAAACAUGCAGUUGUCAGAAGUUCCACUUUAAUGCACUUCUCAGCGUUUCUCAAAUUCUUUUAAGUGGUACAUGAUAAACUGUUUGAUUUUUUUUUUUUGAUUUGAUUUUAAUAAGUGGACCAGAGUGAUUGGUUCCAGUGUUGUUGUUUUUUUUUAAUGUUUUUAAUUAUUUUCUGAUCAAGCUGCACAAACCCGGUCUCGGAUGGUUACUGCACCUUGAGAUUUGGACGACUUUUUAACCACUGAUCAAUAAAAAGAGUGCAACACUAAA